GCAGUUGCGACGAGAUCAAAACCAGUUUUUCUAUAAGUUAGACAGAUAUUAGUGGGUGCCGAGAUUCGAUUCGUGACGCUUAAUGUGCUUUCAUUUCGACGUUAUUAGCAAGCCUGCAUUGUUACAACUGAGUGAAGUGUAUAUUUAUGGGAAAAUGCAGACCUGGAAUUUAUUAAUUGGUUUGCUUUUUUUCAUAACAUUUUGGGGGAAACUUCAAAUAACAGAUACUCAAAAUGUGGACAAUCAGCAACUGUCCUAUGGGAGUGAUAUUCUUCCGCCAUAUAGAACUCCAUCCUUGAACACUUCAACUCAGGAGUCAACAAGUUCAAAAAGAACAGGACUUUUCGAUACCUUUAGUAAUUGGUUUCGAAGAACUACGACCAGAGCGCCAAUAAUUCUUUCCAGAGCCACUACUAUAUCUACCACUUUACAAACAGCUGUAACCCUGGCAUCAAACCCUCGCACUAACGAGCAGUUUAAUCAACAUAAAUCAGCUGAAAUGAAGCCGGCAUCAUUAUCACUGCCCAUUAUAUCAACUACAUCGAGUUGGCGAGAAAAUUUAGGUCGAAAUUUGAGUAUUAGUAAACAAUCAACCAUCAAAGAAGAUUUUCCAACACUUCCUCCACCACGUCGUGCGACAUCUCUUCCAUCCCGUAUAGUUCCAAGUGUUCCAGUUACACCUUCGGUUUGGAAUAAUCAAUCUGGACGUUUAAAUUCACAAGGAAAUCCCAUGAAUCCAGUCAACCGACUUAAGGGACCUAGCCUACCAACUGCACCGAGCUCAACAAAUCGAGAAAUGCCUGUUAAUAAGGAGUCAUCUAUGAAUAAAGUCACUCCCACGGUGAGACAAAACGAUGUGAGACCUGCCGGACCGCUUCUUACCACUGAUAAUGAGCUUAUUUUGUUAAGUGAAGUAUUAUUAUCUAAGGAUAAAAAUAAUUUGAACAAAUACAUAAACAUGAAUUUGCAAGGGAAGACAAGAUCAUACGAAACGACAGAUGAAGCACCAAAUUCAUUGCUUCAAAUUGAUCCAAAGGCUUUUGAAAUUGAAACAGUGGCAAAAAUGAUCUUACUUUUUAAUAACUAUGAAUUAGAUUCAAGUGUAAACGAGUAUGUUACUCCAUUAGAAAAGAGGGAAGAGAAUAACUUCGUAGAUGCAUUAUUGGCAACUUCAAUAAUGAGAGAAGCAAUGCAUUUUCUACAGGAUAAAGGAAUUGUUACCAUGGAUCCAAAAACACACCGCGAUCUCCUGAAAACUAUUUGGUUUUCCCUUUACUCACGAGGCAACGGUCGCAUUGGCAGCUCAGGCUUCGAACACGUCUUUCUAUCAGAAAUAAAAAAUGGAACCAUAAGUGGUUUACACAACGCAUUAUAUUUUAAUGAAGAAGAGAAAAAGGGGAAUGUCAAUUACAAAGGAUAUUUAAAAACAAUUGAUUUUGGAAAUAAAGGAUCUGUCAUCAAAUACCGUUUCGAUUUCAACGGUAUUUCAAAACCAGUGAACGCAAUGUUUGUUGGCAUUUCCCCGGAGCUCGAAUUAGCAUUAUACACAAUAUGCUUCGAACUGCGGCCUGAUAAAGUUUGUCCAAUAUCAUUGAAUGGUAGUCGCUUGAACUUGCUUACUUAUUCAUUCAGAUAUAGAGGAAAACGUUUAAUAGGAAGUGCAUUUCCUGAAAUUUGAUCCUUUUUGGAAUUUAAAAUUAUAGUAAAAUAUAAAUUUUAACUCAAAUGUCAGUCUAUACGAAAUAAAACAAGCCUUAUGAAAUUUUAGUGGAAUAAAUUCAAAAUAAUUUUUUUUCCAUAAAA